AUGAGUUUAGGGGUGAAAAAGGAAUUGGUUGCAGAAUCUGCAGAGAAACAGGUUCUGGAAUCUCUGAAUUGCUUCCGUUCAAGGUUUGGGGGUUGUUUGGAUGGCGAUCAUGUUGGGAUAAAGCUCAAGAUCAAUGUAAGUUUGAUGGGAAGGAGUUCAGGAGCUGAAAUCGAGGUCUCAAGAUCAAUGCUUAAAAGAGGAGAAGGAAAAGGGAAGGGCUGCUUCGCCCUAGAGGGACUGGCAAACGCGAACUCACACUACACAAUUUUGAAAUAUUCAGUAUCAAUUGAAUUCUAUGAUAGUAAGGCUCUAAGAUUAAGAUGCUUAGCUGUGGUCCUGCUUCUUGGCAUUGUUGGCAAGGGUGAGGUCAAAGAUAAGUUUAUUGUUGCGAACUUAAUCAAUCAAUUCAUCUUGGUAGACCUGCGGUGUCAUGGUGAUUCGGCAUCUAUCAAGAAGAGGGGUCCCCAUACUGUGGACUCAGCUGCUCUUGACGUCUUAAAGCUUCUUGGGCAGCUUAGAGUGACACCUCGGGUUCUAGUUGGUCACAGCUUUGGGGGGAAAGUGGCCUUGAGCAUGGUGGAACAAGCUGCAAAGCCACUUGCGCGACCUGUUAGAGUUUGGGUUUUAGAUGCUACUCCUGGAAAAGUUCGAGCUGGUGGAGACGGAGAUGAUCAUCCCGCUGAACUGAUAUCUUUUCUAGCUAAAUUACCAAAGGAGAUCUCUUCAAAACGGGAUGUUGUUAAUGCUCUUGUUCAGGAAGGGUUUUCGGUGGAUGUAGCGCAGAUCUAUGACGUCCAUGCUGUUUUGUUGCGAUUGGCUUGGUUUUGUGAUGAUUUGUAG